GUUUGAAAAACACUUUAACUAUUGAACAUUAAAAAUAUAAUAUUUAUUUAGUAUUUGUGUUCUUUUUUUUAUCAACUAAAAAGAGUUAAUAACUUCAAAGUAUUUAAAAAUCAAAACAGACUUUAAGUUUUAAAUGAACUAUUGAAAUAAUAACUAGAGAAUUUCAAGCGGUAAAACGUUUUGAAAAAGAAAAUUUUAUAAUUUCAAAAUGGUUGUGACGUGUGAUAUACAAUUUGAAAAUAAUCCCGAAGCCACAUUUUAUGCAGGCCAAGUAAUAACGGGUAAAAUUACCUUAACAGCAGAUAAAAUAAAACAAGUUAAAGCUGUUACUUUAAAAAUAAGUGGUUCGGCUAAAACCAGAUGGACGGAGUCAAGAUCUACUACUAGUACUAAUAAUAAUAAUAAUAAUAGUACUAGUACUAGUAAUAAUACCACUUACUGGGGUCAGGUGGACUAUAUGAAUACCUUAACUAGCUUGUUAGUACCAAAUGCAACAGAUCAAGCCGUUGUAAUUGAACCUGGCAUUCACACGUUUAGUUUUGCCUGUCAUAUACCUGCUAACUGUCCUUCAUCUUUAGAAUGUUUUCGGGGUAAUAUACGUUAUGUCAUACAGGUUGCUUUAGUGCGUCCCUGGAAAUUUGAUCAAACAUUUACUAGGCCUUUUACGGUACUUUCAAUAAAGAAUUUAAAUUAUGAUACUCCUUUAUUAAAGCUUCCUAUUACUUCUGAUAUUUCGAAAAUUUUCUGUUGUGGUCCCUGUAAAAGUGAUCCCUUACAAAUAAAUGUCCAUCUACCACAAGCAGGUUUUGUACCGGGUCAACUUAUACCAGUUAAUAUAUUAGUUACAAAUGAAACUUCAGCACGUAUUAAUGAAAUUUGUGUACGUUUGGUAAUGAUAAUAACUCUGUUCAGUACACAUCCUAUACGAAAAAGUAAUACGGAAAGGAAAACUGUUUCAAAAUUAAUUGGUGAUCCAGUCUUAAGACAUAGUAAAAAUCAAUUUAAUUAUUUACUACCUAUACCAGCUACACCACCCACAUGUUCUACUCUAUGCGAUAUCAUACAAAUUGCAUACCACAUAGAAGUGGAGGCAAAAAUGCAGGGUAUGUUGUAUACAAAUCAAUGUAUUAUAUUACCGGUUACUAUUGGUAAUGUUCCUUUACAAAUGGAUGGUAUGGUGGUGCAACAGCAACCUAUGCCUAGACAAAUUGGCUUGGAAACAAAUGGUAUGAUGCCUGUAGAAAAUAAUAAUGAUGCUUCAACUAGCAAUAGAAAUAAGGAGCCAUGGUCAACUAUGGAAAAUAUACCUCCUCCCGUAUAUAUGAAAGCAACACACAUGUCCGAGGCUAAACUUUCUGAAGAUUCAGCUCAUGAUUAUGGUGAAAAAAAUUUUACACCUAAAUACCCAGUUUUCAAUAUACCCAGUCCUACUAGCCCUCUUCCAUGUAGUGGAGAUGAAAUAGAUGGCUCUGCUGUACCACCGAGAGAAACAGAUCCCGAUAAAACUACUUGGCUGUGAAAAAAAUUUGUUCUUUGUUUUUUUAUAUUUAAAUUUUGGUAAUAAAAAGUUAUUAAUCCUCCGUGAUGAGUUUAAAAACUAAACUGAA